AUGAUUCAUCUACUUUUCAGUUGGACGAAUGUCCUUUGGGGAGGCAUCCUCGCCGCCGCUCUUUUCGGGGUAAAAAAGUACACAGGGAUGAGAAAGCAGGAGCAGGAAGAGUUGGAUAAGUUACUGAAUAAACUUCGAGGUACUCACGCACCAACCAUCGUCAUUGGUGUCUGGCUGGUGUUACGGUGCCUACACGCGCUGGGUCUUCUGCUUGUGUUGGAACUGGUUCUCGUAGUUGGUGUCGUGUGCUACCUUUAUCGGAACGAGUCUAGGAGAGACUUCAUGAAGGUUCACCAAGCUCACUGGCUGCUGCAAAACACGGAAAAUCUGAAGAAUAUUUUGGGUAGUGAUCUACCAGAGUGGCUAAAAUAUCCAAAUGUGAGUCGAGUGCAGUGGCUCAACACACUGAUAAGUGGUAUGUGGACUUCAAUUGCUUCCGCCACGGAGGCGUCUAUUCGUCAAGUUGUGGUACCACUACUACAGGCGAAUAAACCCUCCUUCAUAUAUGAGCUAGCGCUCAAGGAGUUAUCUAUAGGGGCGAAUCCUAUAGUUGUUAAUGGGAUUCAGCACUACCCUAGCGAUGACAAUGCCUCAGUGGUUGACCUUACAUUUUCCUGGGACAGUGACAUGAAUGUGCACUUGCAUGUAAAAAUGCCAGGACCUGACAUGCAUAUUUGUAUCCGACGAUUUGAACUUAAUAUGCAAGUUCGUUGUAUACUCUCGCCUCAUAUUCCCCAAUGGCCAUGCUUUGGCGCACUCUCAAUCUCGAUCAUGAAAAUCUGGGUGUUGAACUUUGAUAUUUCGGCGGUGGGGAUACCACUUGAUGCCGUGCCUGCUGUAGGGGAUUUUUUGGAUGGGUUUAUCCGUAAAACUCUUAUGGGCAUGCUACAACACCCCAAGCGAAUCUCCAUCCCAAUGGUAAAGGGGUACACAUUGACAGCGGACCGUGCGGAUGCUGCUCUUGGUUCUUUGCGUGUCCGGUUGCUGCGGAUAGAGGACUGGCAUCAGCGCUACGUAUCCAGCAGAGAGCAAACACCUUUUUACGUGAAAGUGAUAAUGCUUCCUGAGGAAGAAAAAAAACGCAUGAAGAGUUUAACGUACAAAAAACUACAAAGUGAAUUACACGAUUUGUUUAGCUUUGUUUUGUACGACACGAUGGGGACCUUGCGCUUCUGGCUGUAUUUUGAUGUCCCUGGGACAGAUCCCUGCGUUGGGCAGUGUGACGUUCCUGUUCGAGUGUUGGUGGACAAUCAACGCUCCGAGCACGCAUGUCUUUUGGUUAAAUCGCCUGCUUUAAAUACCGAGCCACGUGCGAAACUGAUUAUUUCGGCCGAGCUUCUCCCUUAUGCUGGCAGGAUCAAGUCGGAUUCCACCGCAGCUCCUUCCUCCAUUCCUUCACGCAGCGUGUCGGAUGCCUUUGUGAAGCAGCAAGAAAUGUCGGAGCAUUCCUUUGGCCCCCCGACUGCGCGAUCCGUGAGGAAUGAAAGUGUCUGCUCGAAUGGAGAAGGCGGCGGCACCCUCUUUAUCACCGUGGAACGCUGUACAGGACUUAAGAACAUGGAAUACGUUGGUGUGUCAGAUCCCUAUGUUGUGCUACGGCUGCGAAAGCAGACGGUAGUUUCGCCCUGCCAAAGCUCCACCCUUGAACCCAAGUUCAACUUUGAAGCGGAGCUGGAAGUGUACAACCUUCAAACCGACGUGCUGCAUAUAACCAUUUUGGACAAGAAUGUUUUGUCCAAGGAUCGUGUGAUGGGCACUCUCAACAUUGCUGUGGCUACCCUCUCAGGUAGUGUGAGGGAUCAGCUUUCUGGUGGAUGGAACCUUGAGCCGCAGGGCCAAGCGUUUUUAUCUCUGCGCCUCUUGCGUCAUUGA